CAAUCCACACACCCCCUUUUCCCCACCCCCUCCCUCAGAGUCCACUGUCGCGGUGGUUCAGGCGUCCUGCUGCGGCGGCAGUUCACACUCUUGACUGCAGCUCACACACCUGCCGCUGCUCCUGCUGCGGCAGCGCGAGACUCGCUCGCCCCAGCUCGCCCAGCCAGCGCGGCUUUCUCCAGCACCGCGGCCAAGCUGGAUUCCCGGAGCUCUUCACCAUGUCUGGCGGCUUUUAGGUACUCGAUGGAGCAGCCCAACAUCUACGAGGUCGCGUUUCGACCCCCGAUGACGAGCCUCGCACCGAACGCGCAAAGUGCCUUCUCUUACAAGGAGCCCGCGGCCCCCGGAGACCUGAGCGAGAUCUGCGAGAACGAGAACUCGAUCGAUAUCAGCGCGUACAUCGACCCCGCAGCCUUCAACGACGAGUUCCUCGCAGACUUGUUCCACAACAGCUCGAAGCCCGAGAAAGUCAAGCUGGCGAGCGACGAGUACGAGCUGGCGCACGCGGCGGGCGGCGCGCCCGUGACGCACCACCAGCAGCAGGUGUACGGCUGCAUGUCGGGCUUCUUGGACUCGUCGAAGCUGGAGCCCAUGUACGACAGCGUCGCGGCCACCAGACUCAAGCCGGUGGCCAUCAAGCAGGAGCCCCGAGAAGAAGGGGACGCGAGUCCGCCCUCCAUGCCCCCCACGUACCAGCACCACGCUCAUCAGCAUCACCACGCGCAGCAUCUGCCGCACCUUCAGUACCAGGUGGCGCACUGCGCGCAGACCACCAUGCACCUCCAGCCGGGCCACCCAACCCCUCCCCCGACUCCGGUGCCCAGCCCGCACCACCAGCAGAACAGCCUGCCCGGGCGGUCCAUGAAGAUGAUGGGGGGCGAGCGAGGGAAGACCAAGAAGCAGAUCGACAAGAACAGCGCGGAGUACCGCCUGCGGAGGGAGCGCAACAACGUGGCGGUGAGGAAGAGCAGGGACAAGGCGAAAAUGCGCAACGCCGAGACGCAGCAGAAGGUGAUCGAGCUGGCGGCGGACAACGAGAGAUUGCGCAAGAGGGUCGAGCAUCUCACCCGGGAACUGGAGACCCUGCGGGGCAUCUUCAGGCAGCUCCCCGACGGCUCCUUCGUCAAAGCCAUGGGCAGCUGCGCGUAAAAGCCGUUCCGCAGGACUUGGGCGAACUUUUCCAUGGCGUCUGCUGGAUUUUCCACCGCACAUCCGACAGACCCUCCAACCAACCCUG